AUGUCUACGCCUUCAGGUCCCUCGACUGGUUCCCCUACUCCUCGCCGCACUAUGGCCGCUAAGACCAUGUCGAAGGAGGAAAACGUCAAGGUUGGCACUGAGAAUUCUUCUACUGCCAUUGUAAGUGAUAUGCUCGAACGUAUCCUUCCUCCUUCUCAGAAGAAGACGGCCUCGGCUCUUUCGGCCUCUACAUUGGUUAAUCAGAGUUAUCCUAAGAAGAUCAAGUUGGGCCACGAACCCUCCGGUCAUUCCGAUUCCAGUCCUAUGGACAGCCUACUGGAACAUCUCAACCACCACACCAACGUGCUUACCAAGCAAGGCGAAGCUCUCAAGGCUUCAGAGGAGGGCAAUUUCGCGCCUCCUAUUCUUCAACAUGCCUCUUCGAGCAGCUCGGUGCCUAUCACACCCGCCACCGAGACCUUCGGAAGCACAGCUCCAACUACCCGACCAGCUAGUGCGACUCUGAAGAAGGAUGGAGAAGUCAACAAGGACGAGGUUCUUCGUCUUAAGCUAGAGCUUGCCCAGGCUCAAAACAAGAUUAGCCGACUUGAUCGAGAGCUUGCACAGACUCGUCGGGGCCAGCCUGGAAUGGAGUAUGGUAUGGGUGGCUCUCCGGUGGACAGCGAAUUUCGUCACGACUUCCCACCCGAGUCCAACCCAUCGCGUGUCCUGGGUCCUCUAGGCCCCAACACCGUCAGCCACCAGGCAGCGGGCCGAGAGGGGCAGUAUUGGUCCUCUUUCGACGAUUCCCGAUCGGACACCAGCGAUGCCUUGUCGGCCACUGGUUUCAAUCGUUCUCGCAAGCUUUGGGGACCCAAGAAUAACCAAGGCCCUUUUCAGGGCGGUGGCUUCUCGGGACCGGAGCUCCCAAAUCAACAGUGGAAUGGGCGUGGAGCUCACCAGCCUGGUUACAUGGAUCAGAGCAUGGCUUACGAGCCUUCGGUUCCCGGCAAUUAUCGUGGAGAUCGCUUGACUCCGGAUUAUGACUUGACAAUCCGACCUUCUAGCAGCCGACGAAACGGCCGGUUUGAAAACCGUCUCGGAACGCCCGCCUUUGGUGCAAGCCCAGGAUUUGGCGGUGGUUACAACUACGGCCCUGGCGGUUAUGGAGCCGACCACGGCAUGCAUGGCCCGCCUCAGGCUCCGUCUAAUUCGGGCAUGUAUUCUAACUACCAGCCGACUCCUGUUGGCACACCGCUUUCUCCCUUAGCCACCGAGUUCACUUCGGCUACGGGUGUUGUGCCGUGGAAAUCUGAGCCCGCGGCCUCUGAGGGCCAAACCUAUCUGCCGACUACCGAGCCGUUGAACUACCGCCGCUUGCUCGAUCGCAAUGUCAAUUGCAACUGGAAGUACAUUGUUGACAAGAUCAUCUGCAACAAUGAUCAGCAAGCUUCUAUCUUCCUGCAGCAGAAGCUCAAGGUCGGAACUCCGGAUCAGAAGUACGAAAUCGUCGAAGCGAUUGUUAGUUCUGCUUACGCCUUGAUGGUCAAUCGCUUUGGUAAUUUCCUGGUGCAACGAUGUUUCGAACAUGGAACUCCGGAGCAAGUGAUCAAGAUCGCUGAGGCCAUUAGAGGUAACACGCUCAACCUCUCGAUGGACCCGUUUGGUUGCCACGUGGUGCAGAAGGCUUUUGAUGCCGUCCCCGAAGAUUACAAGGCCGUCAUGGUUCAUGAACUACUUCGACGUAUUCCAGAGACUGUCAUUCAUCGCUAUGCUUGCCAUGUUUGGCAAAAGCUCUUUGAGCUGAGAUGGACUGAAUCACCCCCUCAGAUCAUGAAGUAUGUGAACGAUGCACUACGCGGCAUGUGGCACGAGGUUGCUCUCGGCGAGACGGGAAGUUUGGUUGUUCAGAAUAUCUUUGAGAACUGUCUCGAAGAAGACAAGCGUCCCUGCAUUGAAGAGGUCCUCGCAAAUAUCGACAUCGUUGCGCAUGGCCAGUUCGGAAACUGGUGCAUCCAACACAUCUGCGAGCACGGCGCACCUGCCGAUCGAAGCCGUGCGAUCGACCACGUUAUCCGCUACGCAGCGGAAUACAGCAUGGAUCAGUAUGCCUCCAAGGUGGUCGAGAAGUGCCUUAAGAUUGGUGGUGCUGAGUUCCUAGCUCGUUACCUUGACCGUGUCUGCGAGGGCCGCGUGGACCGUACUCGCAUCCCUUUGAUCGAUAUCUCCAGCGACCAGUACGGCAAUUAUCUCAUCCAGUGGAUUAUUAACCACGCAUCUCCUCAGCAUCGUGAGAUAGUUACUGCGCAUAUCAGAAAGCACAUGGUUUCUCUCCGUGGAUCCAAAUUUGGAUCCCGCGUCGGAAUGCUCUGCACCAAUCCGGCCCUUGCCACUCGACCGGGACCUGGCACUGGUGCUGGCAUGGGACGAAUGCCCGCAGGUCCUCGUUACAAUGGCCGUGGCUACCAAUAAUUGCGCUGCCUUAUAGUUUCAAAGCCUAGGGCGUAUUCACUUGGCGAAGAAAGCCGCAGACAUCGCGGCAUACUUUCUCAGAAUGACGAUGCGAUUUCAUAACGUUUAGUUCCUACGAGUGUUUUCCGUGUUUUUCAUUUCUAUUUCCUAUGUUCUGCGUCCAUACACGACUGGGCGCCAAUGACAAAUUUCGAUUCGAUUCACAUAUGGCAGGUCUCUCCGGCAGCAUCAUCUCGAGCA